AUGACUCUGGUAUUGCGCAUUCUCUACUGUCUUCCAAUAUUGCUGCUACCCUUGCAUGUAGAAGAAGUUAAUGCGAAGGGAAUGUGUCUCUAUUUAAGCGAGGCAAUAGCGACUUGGUUUAAUGCCCUGAUUGCCUGCCAAAAGCAAUUCAUGUGUUUGGCUGAUUUGGACACCGAAGUCACCCUGAUUCAGAUGGAAGCCAAAGUGCCACACAAUGACCACGGCUACUGGUUCGGCUUGAAUGCACAUGAGAAAACCGGCUACAGAUACGCCUCUAACAACAGGUCCAUAGAGUAUUCCCCAGUCAGUUCUAAUCUGUUAAACGAUGGGGGAUGCGCCUAUGUGAAACACGAUGAUGGAUUUUACAAAUUUCUAUCCGCCAGCUGCGACGCGAAGAAAAGAUUCAUCUGCACCAUGGCCGAAGAAUGCGACGGUGUGAGCAUGAGACCCAAAAAGCCGCUAUGCGUCAUAAGCCAUGAGGAGAAGGAGAUUGUGGCCUAUUAAUUUGCUACAAUAAUAAAUAAUAAAGUGUCUUGGGGCAAGGCAUAGAUAAUUAUUUCAGUAAUAA